AUGGCCCAUACAAUGCGCGCUAUAGAUGUCCGACCGGGCGGCACCCCGGCAGGGCUCUUCAUCAACCCGUCCGCGCCCAAGCCGGUUCCCUCUCCGAAUGAAUGCCUUGUGCGGGUGAAAACCUUCGGCCUCAACCGGGGAGACACAUUACAACGCGAAGGCCGUUACCCGCCUCCGGCCGGGAUAACCAACAUUAUGGGACUUGAGUUCGCGGGAGUCAUCGAAGAGAUCGGGUCAGACGGCCACCCAGACGAGGGUUUGGAGAAAUGGAAGAAAGGGGAUGAAGUUUUUGGUCUGCUAUAUGGUGGCGGCUACGCCGAGUUUGUGGUGGUCGACAAGAGGAUGCUGAUCGCGAAGACAAAGGAGCUGAGCUGGGUGGUUUGUGGUGGACUUUGCGAGGUGUGGUUUACAGCACUACAAGCCCUCCAUCUCGUUGCGGCGUACGAUGCGAAGCGCGUCAAGUCCAUCCUAUGGCACGCGGGAGGGUCCUCGGUCUCGAUCGCAGGGAUUCAACUCUCUCUAGCUGCUCAUGAAUACAGCGUUGGUGAAGGCACACGGGCUGAGCCGCCUAAAGUCUUUGCCACCGCACGCAGCGAUGCCAAGUGCGAGAUGUGUGUGAAGAAGCUUGGAUGCACAGCCGCGGUGAAUCCAACUUCAAUGCCCGAUUGGGCGGCGGGGAUCAAAAAGCUCAACGACGGUAAUGGCAUCGACAUCAUCUUUGAUUUUGUCGGCGGUGGAGCCUACUUCCCGCUCAAUCUCGGUACCCUCGCCCUUGACGGGACCAUGGUUAGUCUGGGACUUUUGGGGGGUCCCACCGUCCCAGGCCCCGUGGAUAUUAGCCCCAUUAUUAUGAAGCGGCUAAGAGUCGAAGGGAGCACCCUCCGCACUAGAUCUCUGGACUACCAAAUUUGUCUGCGAGAUCUCUUCGUGGAGAAAGUCCUGCCGAAGUUGGUGGAUGGUCGCUUUCAACACGUGGUGGACCAUGUGUUUGAGUGGGAGAAAAUUGGAGAGGCCCACCAGAUGCUGGAAAAUAAUGCGACGACUGGCAAGGUCGUCUGCGCGAUUGACUCUUAUGGUAUUGCAAGUUUGCCGUAA